UACGGAACGGUCGACGUUUGUCGAAUCUUGCCUUCCCGACACAAAUUUCUAUUUUUACUCUCUCUUUACAAUGUUCACUGAACAAAGAAUUAACCUCAUUCUUUUGUUUGUUUCAGGAUUUCGUGUGUGGCUGUGAGAUUAAGUGUUACGUAUAGGUAUACCGAUAUAGUUCUUUUUUACUAAAAUGUCGUGUUUCGGAGGCAGCGUCUUAAUACCAGACUGAAAGCGCAUGUAAUCGAAGGUGUAAAGUGGAGUGCAGUGAUGUGAGUGUGUGAUAUACAGCGCAGCGUCAGGGAAAGCGCCACCAUGUUGCCUACAAAUGUUAUGUCCUUUAUGAAAAAGAUGGUGGCGACAGAAGACACGUCAAGUACUGUACCGGGGCAAAUAGAAACACCGGGAACAUUUGGUAAAUUGCGCCAAACGCUUUCCUCGUCUCUGCUCACAGCUCAAGACAAAGUAACAAAGCUCGGCCCGAGAACGGGGGUGACGGAAGGCGCCCCCGAGCCCUCACCAGCUCCGCCGCCCGCACAGCCCCCACCCGCAUCUACCGCACAAACCGGGAAGACUGAACGUGAGGCAGGUAAAGCCCCUUCAAGAGCUGGAGCCUGUCGUGUGUGUUUAAAAGCGUUGAAACCUGGCGAGGUAUUUCACACAUGUAACGGCUGUCAACAUCGUGUUUGUGAAGAUUGCUCCUCAUAUUCGAAACCUGCCAGCGAUGAAGAAGCGAAUUCAUGGAGGUGCUCAGUAUGUCGGCGCAAAGCGGGUCCACGACUGCCGCCCGCAGCGCAAGACAGCACAGAUUCCUUGUUAGAGGUGCCUGUGCUGGAAGCGUUGCAGAGGCGGCAUUCGGAGGCCCGGCUGGGCAGCGGCGGCGGCAGUUCUGGCCUGGCGCCGCCUCGUUCGCCCGAAUUGCGCAGACAUUCAGAUGUAUCACCAGCUUCGCUUAAGGAGCUAGAAAAGUUAAAGGGCGGCGGCAGUACGACUCCGGACGUAGAGUCUCGUCGGCCGAGCACCGCAGCACCGGCCCGCCGGAGAUCAGUGAGGGCACCGCGACAACGCUCCUGCGAUGAGGACCAACCAGCCGCGCAGUCUGGACACCAACCGGCGCUUGCUGCACCGCCACCCAUGUCUAGGAGAGCUUCGGCAGUGGAUGUUGUGGGCGGUGCACAAUCACGUCGGGGCUCGUACCGUGCCGACGACACCGAAUCAACUCCCCAAAUAUCGGGCCUCAGUGUAGAUGAAGACCGGCCAAUAAGGCGUCGCGGAAGCCAACUACCAGAUAUAGCAGCUUUGCAGCAACGAACGGGUGCUCUAAGUGCAAUGGCAGCAUUGACGUCCCGCGCGUCAGACUCAUCUGUGGAAUCGACGCCGACGGUGGCUGCCGCUGCCGCCGCCGCUGCUGCUGCUGCUGCUGCCGCGCGACAGAUGUCUGUCGAUGCGGAAGCAAUAAAGAUCGUCAUACACGAUGUCGACGAUCGCACCCCGAGACGCGUUACGUUACGUCGGGACCCUAACGAUAAGGGCCAUAGGUCGCGUGGCUUCGGUAUGCGCGUGGUAGGUGGCAAGCCAGACGCGAGCGGGCGUCGCGAGGCAGUCAUCGUGUGGACUGUACCCGGCGGACCUGCUGACUUAGCAGGCUUACAACAGGGCGAUAAGGUACUAGAGUGGAGUGGCGUGCCCCUGACGGAACGCAGUUUUGAAGAGGUGUGCGCGGUGCUGGAACGCGGUGGUGAUAGCGUCGAACUACUGGUGGAGCCAGCACCACAGCUCGACGAUGCUCCCACCACGCCCGCUGCUACCACCUCGCACCAUCACCAUGGACUUUAUGAACCGGAUACCGACAAAUCACCAUCAUCGCCGACGCGACGGAAAUUGCCGAAAACCCCGGAGCAAGACCGUGCGGAACGCGCUCGCGAGCGUCCCCCAGCCCGUGCUCAGCUACAGGUGUGGUUCGAGAGCGAACUACGAAAAUUGGUGGUGGUACUGAUCGCCGCCGACGACCUGCCGCCUCGAGAUCAUACACUUGGAUAUGGGGAUGAGCCUGAAGCUUUCGCAAGAAUUCGCCUAUUACCAUCAUUGGAAAGUUGUCCUCCGGUAGAAACGGACCCAGCUUCUGCAUCGUGCAGUCCGGUUUGGAAUGCAACACUUGGAUUUGGUGGUUUAACCGCUGACUUAAUAGCAGGCCGUGCGCUGGAACUGACAUUGUGGGACGCCUGCCCGGGAAUUGACCCAGUUCUCAUAGGCGAAUGCACCAUGGAGAUAGAGAAGGCAUUCGCGGAGGAGCGCGCUGUAUGGUGGACACUAGAGGAACGUGGAUCGCGAUCAGCUAACGCCUCGCCGCGAGGAUCUCUGACGGGUGCGCGCGCGCUGCGCCGCGGCGACUUCGCCUCCCAGCGCUCCGUAUCAGAUGACGUGGAUUCUAUCGGCGAAUGCGCUUCGCUGUUGCACCCGGACCAUGCGUGGGUGGGAGGAUCGCGUCGUGGCUCAUCCCAGUCUGAGACUCUCGAGGUCGAGGUCUAUCAACUCGGAAAGGACUUUUCCCGCUCUUUGCCCGGCUCUCGGCGAUCAUCGUUCCAACAACAAGAAAAGGAGGGCGGCGCAGGCGGCGCGGGCGGCGGCCACGAGGGCGGCGCGGGGCCGUCGGGCGCACGCCGCAACGAGCGCCGCCGCUCGUCGUGCGUGCGACGCGACCCCGACGACAUCUUGCGCUCGCUCCGCGCCGUCAAGGGCGAGCUCGGCCGCACUCUCUCGCUCUCCGGCUCAACCGCUAGGCGCACGGCGACGGGGCGCAAGGGCAGCAUGUGGGCGGCGGUGCCGGCGGCCGCCGCCUGCGACGCGGUCGCCGACGACGACGACGACGUUCCACUCGGGCCGGGACAACUGCCGCCGCGUAACGCGCACUUGCCACCACUACACGCAGAAAUCAAUAUCAGCAUUAUAAUGAUAAAGGGCCAACUUGAACUCGAGGUGUCUCAUGCUCGCCGGGUAUAUGGUGUUAACGGCGAGGUGCCGGAUUCAUAUGUCAAAUGUUACCUUCGCGAUGGUGAGAAGUGGUUACAUAAGCGAAAAACACGUGUCAUUCGCCGCACUACAGAGCCGCACUUCAAACAGACACUCAAAUACCAGGCGAGCGAAGCCCUCGGCCGUACGCUAGUUGUAAUGCUGUGGCAGCGCUGCGGUGGAUUUGAGCACAACCUGGCCCUAGGUGGUGCUGAGAUCUGUCUCGACAAGCUGACUCUGCCGCAGCGCACAUACGGUUGGUACCCGCUGUUCCCGGCUACGUCGCUCGGCGGCGAGGAGUCCCCGGACUGAUCCAGAGAGCCGUCGCCAGAGCGGCGUGAUGACCACUAGUGCCCCACGACGCGGCGACGGCUCCAUGCCGCAACAACAAUCACCCUCUAUGUUGCCGACCUCCGAGUUACCAUAACAUGUACCGGCGAACCACAUGCUGCUCUAUUAUAGUAUUCGUCGUCUUGUAAAUACUCAAAAAUUUUUGUUAGGUGUUUAAUUGUCAGUAAAUAUACUGAAAAUGUUGCCUAGUUGCUCGAUCGAAUGUGGUAUGUAGGUAUUUGACUGACGGCGUGUAUAUAUAUGCCGUUUAAAUGUUCUUCUAAAAUGACCUCAAGGACAAACUUUGAGAAAUCUUUAAAGACAACACCAUUUAGAGUAUAUACCUAAAAGAGGAGCUUAUAGGAAGUUGCUUGGAGAAUUUUUAAUUAGGUACUAGACUCAGACAUCAUAAUAGCUCAUUAAUAUCGAAAGAUUAUAUAUACCAUUUCCUGAGUCUCUUCAUGCUGAUACAAGUUACAUGCACACGUUCCGUGCACUAAGUUAAGAAUAUUACGUAGAGCAUUUCAGAAUAAAUAUCUACGGGUGUCUUACUCUGUUUAUAAUAAUAAAAUAUCAUAUUCACUACCAACAUAUAACAUAUGUGCAAUUGUUGAUGUUUGCGCCUACAGUACCUGCAUAUUUGUAGUAAUUUUGUAUGUUAUGUGUAAAGUAAUACCAUUAAAAUAUAAUUGCGUAAAUACAUUUCUGGAAAUUAUAACUAUGAAAUAUCUAUUUAGACAACGCCAACAGCGUGUAGCAUCUUAAUCUAUAGUUUACUAGAUACUUCGUAGAUUUGGAUCGACUAAUGGUCCCGUCAUAUUCGUGAUACUAGAUACUCUGUGCCUGGCUUAUUUCUGAAGUAGUGUUUUAUUACGAGUUAUGAGUUUAUAUUUGUUUUUCUUAAAUGUUUUUCAUAACCAUGGUAGAUGCACCGAAACCUAGCUUGUACUUUUGAAAUAAAAUGUAGCGCCAUGUACACUUAUACCUCUAAUGUAAUUAGAUUAUUUAUACCGAAUCUAUUAAUAAAUGUAUAUUAAAUCUCAUCUCAAAUAACCCCAACUUUGACACUUUGCCUUAUAUGAUUAAUAAAUUUCUAAAGUUAUUCUAGUAAGUAAGCGCGUCUAGAUACUAUUCUUCCAAGGUUGUGCUUUAGUGAAUUUUCCUAAUGUAUACCUACUACUUUAUUUGUAGACAUCGCUAACUACUGUCAACAUUGUAAGGAUUUUAUGUUUUUUUAUUACAAACUAUUUCUAUUAUAUAUUGUAAAUAUGGUAAAUAUUAUUUUUCAAAAUUUUCUACGCACAACUGUUUUCGUGAUAGCAACUAUUGUUAUUAGUCUUUUUACAAUCUUUAGAAACCAAACAAAUAUACACAAUUCCGAUAAGUACUUUACUUGUAACUUGUGAUCACUCUGUAGUUUACCAUUCUAUGAGUAUAGAAUUACCAGCUUCAUUAAAACAAUCUAUAUGACUUUGAUUAACUACGUGAAUCUAGUAGAGUGGAGCAAUAGUAUGAUAAUAUAGUCCAAUCAGUGGCUGGCAUUUCUCUCAUACAUUAUACAGCCACUAGCGUAGCGUAAAAUAGCUCAUAUGUAAUGUAGAUACAAACAUUAUAUAAUCGUGAAAUUAUAUUUUCAUUAUUGGUGUUAGAUAAAAGUUACAUAUCUACGGGAAAUGUGUAAUGUAAUUAUAUCUCGUUAAAAUCUGUGUUCUUCCAGUGCUGUCAUAGCUUAGUGGCUCAUCUGACAAUACUAAUCUUGUUUACCUGGUUUGCUGGCCCUCGUAGUCGGUGCGAGCACGACUUGUAGAGACCAGCUUAUAAAGCUGGAGUUCGUUUCAACGUGGUUGUAUAUUUCCUAAGAGAGAGAAUCUAAAUAUUCCUUUUUAGAUUACAUAGAUUUCCAAAUACUAAUGUUUCUAAAUGCCUAAAUAUAUAUCUGGCGUUUAAGUGUAUUUUUACACUAUAAUUUUAUAACCGAUUAAUUUGGGAAUAAUAUAUACAUAUUCAAUAUUUAUAUCAUUGAAAUAUAGAUAUUUAUAAAAAAAAAAUAUAAAUAUAUUAAAUGACUAUUGGCUCUGAUGAAGCGGAGACAGUCGUAACUAACUUACGCUUAUUAUCUCGAUAUAUUAGUAUAACAAAUAAUAUUCUUACUUAAGUAACAAAUGUAAAAAAAUCAUUAUCUAAUAUUAUUAUGUGCCUCGACAAACCCCGAUACCAGAUCGAUUUAAUUUUCACGUUCUCUUGUAUUGUGAUUUAAAAUAUACACAAUAACAUCGAAAACAAAAUAUCAGAAAUAGUCGUUUCGUGACAACAAGAACUAGUCAUGUAAACAUAUUAUUUAUACUAAGAUGAAAGUUUACAAAGAACUUUCCUUGGUAAAAACAUGAUUGAUUUUGUUUAAUCCAAAGUAUUCAAAUAUUUGUACUAAAAUAAUAAAAGACGAGGAAUAGUUACAUAGUUUUUCGGGAAAAUUGUCGUUAUAUAAUAACAUGUUAAACCUUCCUGUAUUUUACAAUCAUCGCUUACGAGUAUAAUAUACAAUCCUCUCCUUAUAUAACUCUAAGAACUUCUCCCUCUUUCUUAUGAGCCUCUUACUUAAGCCUAAGGCUGUGGUAAGCUCGCGAUAUUCUUUGAACUCUAUGGUACAAACUAUUUUCGGGGUAUACUCGAAAUAUAAUAAGAAUAUUCAUAUCAAUAGUGGAAGUCUUGCCUAAAAUUGUAGCCGUUUAGACUCUUAAUACUUGUUACUAAGAAUUCAGUGUGUCGACUUUUGUACUGGCGAGCUUGCCCUAACUUCAUGCAAUUGAUAUAGCAUGUGGCCAUUUUGCCUUUAAAGUUUCACUCUGUAGUGUGGAUGGCGAAUCAAUGUGAUAUGGUAUCGGAUAUCAUAUACCUACCUUCUUACCUUAGUGUUAUAAUGUUUCUUCCUAGAUACAAAGUUAUUGUACUAUUCCGUUUUCCUGAUAAAUACUACAAACUAUUAUGACAUUAAUUCAAUUUUUCUUUAAGAUACACUAUCACCUGGCACAAAUUGCUAUUGUCUAUAACUAAACAAGUUUUUAAUAUAUUAACUUACUUAAAUUAUAAAAUCUCCAUUUGUGUAUAUACACAAUAUAUAAUUACUUUAUUUUCUCACAACAUUUUUUUAGGUAUUCAUAUACAAGUACAGAAAGCAUAUGCUACAGACAUUCAUUACUUGUUUACAUCAGAUCAUAUUUUCUAUAGUAUUUGUCACGAGCACGGAAUAAAAAUCUACAAAAAAAUACUAGUACGUAACAAAUAUGUGUGUCAAAAUAUAUUAUUAAAUAAAUGUGAUAACAAAUGAGUUUAUUAU